GGAAAGGAACAGGCCAGCCGGGCUGGGUUUCUCAGAGCUCACUGCGGCUCAGAGGAAGGGAAUGUGAGCUGGGCUUUCAGCGCAAUGUGGGUCCGCGGGAGAGGAACUGAACACACCCGAGCUGGGGAUCUCAGAGAGCGAAAGCGGUGCGUCCCGGAGGAAAGGGAACAGAAGAAUUUGGGCAUCUCCGAGUACAAUGCGGUCGAUUGCGGCGUUGGCCGGGAAAAGUGGGAGAGCGGCCAGAGGAGAGGGACACGCGCGGGCUGGGAGAGAGGGACACACGCGGGCUGGGGGAGACCCGAAGGGAGGAGUACGUGCGGACUAGGGAUCUCAGAGCGCCGUGGAGCUAAGGCGAGGGGGUGCAGUAAAGAAGAAUGGCAUAUGGGGUGGGAAGGCGGUCUCAGAGCGUUGUGAGGAGGGGCCUGGAACUCUCCUGGGGGCAGGCAGCCCUCCCUCAGGAUUUUCAGACGCCCCAAAAGGUUCUCUCCUUGUCCGGAAGAAUGUGCUGCUCUCAGGAAACUGGGAGCUGCUUUCCCUCUCCCCCUCCAAUCCUCAUAGCACCUGGACUCUUCCCAUUCCUGACAUUCUCCUGACUCCCUCAGACCUUCUGGCCUCAGACCCCCAACCACGCCAAAGCUUCAGGUCCCAGGCUCCGCACUGCGCCUGCGUUCAUGGGCCAAGGCCUUCAGCAGCACUCGGGAGAGGUCACCCCACUGGGCGACGCCUCUACAGACUUGCCACUCAGGGAGCUGCUGGGUCAUUACUGCCACCUGCUCUCAGCCUUCUCCAAUCUCACAGGUACCUACUGCAAUGCCACCACUGACCAGAUUGGGACGUGCUGGCCCCGCAGCGCCGCCGGGGCCUACGUGGAGAGACCGUGCCCCGAGUUCUUCAACGGCAUCAAGUACAACACCACGAGGAAUGCCUACCGAGAAUGCAUGGGCAAUGGGACCUGGGCCUCCCGGAUCAACUAUUCCCAGUGUGAGCCCAUCUUGGACGACAAGAGGAAAUACGACGUGCACUACGAGAUAGCACUCAUCAUCAACUACCUCGGUCACUGCGCGUCCAUGGGGGCUCUCCUCGCCGCCUUCCUGCUCUUUCUCGGCUUACAGAGCAUCCGCUGCCUCCGGAAUAUCAUUCACUGGAACCUCAUCACGACUUUCAUCCUCCGGAACAUCCUCUGGUUCCUCCUGCAGCUGAUUGACCACACGGUCCACGAGAACAAUGAGGCUUGGUGUCGAUGCAUCACCACCAUCUUCAACUACUUUGUGGUGACCAACUUCUUCUGGAUGUUUGUUGAAGGCUGCUACCUACACACAGCCAUUGUCAUGACCUACUCUACAGACAAGUUGAGGAAAUGGGUCUUCCUGUUCAUUGGAUGGUUCAUUCCCUGCCCCAUCAUCAUCGCCUGGGCCAUUGGCAAACACUACUAUGAAGAUGAGCAAUGCUGGUUUGGCAAAGAACCAGGGAACUAUGUUGACUACAUCUAUCAAGGCCCAGUGAUUCUGGUGCUCCUGAUCAAUUUCAUUUUCCUGUUCAACAUUGUUAGAAUUUUGAUGACAAAGCUUCGAGCAUCUACCACUUCAGAGACAAUGCAAUACAGGAAGGCAGUAAAGGCGACCCUGGUCCUCUUGCCCCUCCUGGGCAUCACCUACAUGCUCUUCUUUGUCAACCCUGGAGAUGACGAUGUGUCCCAGAUUGUGUUCAUUUACUUCAAUUCCUUCCUGCAGUCCUUCCAGGGCUUCUUUGUCUCUGUGUUCUACUGCUUCCUGAAUGGAGAGGUCCGUGCAGCUGUGAGGAAGAGAUGGCGCAGGUGGCAAGAUCACCACUCCCUACGGGUCCGGGUUGCCCGGGCCAUGUCAAUCCCCACGUCCCCCACAAGGAUCAGCUUUCACAGCAUCAAGCAGACAGCCACUGUCUGAUGCUAUUAACCCCUCCCCCUUCCAGAUGCUCCUCUUGCCUCUUCCUCGCCUUCCUUCUUUCUUGGGCAGUUUGACAUGGGGGAACAGAGGAGAAAAGGGGCCUGGGUGGAUGGCAUAGAAGGACAGUGAUGUCAGAGAAGUCGGAGCAUGCAAUGGGGCUUCAGGAUGACUGGAAAUGGCCCAAACCUGGAACCAGCAGAUCAGAAGAUCCAAGCCCUGUCACACUUGCCAGAGCACUCUUGUCUUCACAAUGUCCCCAGGAGAGAAACAGCAGCUGAAUUAGUGUCUCCACUUGUCUGCUGGGGAAAUGGAGGCCUAGAGGGUCAGAGUCAGAGAGGAAGGGAUGGAAGGGACUACAGAAGACCCCUAGUCCAGGUCAUUUUACAGAUAGGAAAACUGAGGGGAGAUGAUGGCCACAGUUAUCCAGACACUCCACAAUGAAGCUGGGGCUAGGACUCAGGUCUCUUGACAACCAGUGUUUUCCACUGCACCAUUUAUGGGACAGCCUUCCUCCUCCUCAGCGGGUUUCCCCAAGCUGCCAGAGUAGGAACACCAAAAGAUACAUAGCUUCCUUCCAACCCAAUCUCCUUCCUGCUACUGUUGAGGCCCACCAGCCAGGCCUUGUGUACCCUGGCAGAACAGAGAAGAUGGGGAGGGAGGGAAGAGGAGCCACGUUGGAGGGUGGAGGGAGGGCUGUUGGCCACACAAGCCAAAGUAUCUCUUCUGUGUUUGAAACCUAGAAGCCAGGGUCCUAGGGACCUCAGCUGGACCCUUCCCCUUCAGAAACAGUGUCUCGUGUCUCUGAA